AUGCAGACAGAUAAUGAAGACGAUAAUGAUUAUCAAACAGAAACAAUUUCGAGAACUAAUACACUGAAUAUUGAUCGAUCAGUUCGUACAACAACUGAUGAUGUAUCAUCUAUGAAAAAAAAUAUUUCAUUUAAUCAUGCCACAUCUAGUGAUGUUACUGAAAAACGUUUUGAUCUUCAGCAAACAUCAUUUGCCACAAAUCCAACCUAUGUAAGUACAAAAAAUUUAUGCAACUAUUAG